UAGGGGCGAUAGACGCAAGCUACGACAACAACUAUGGCGGGCGACGGGCGGCGGGCGGAGUCGGUGAUCGAAGGAUGGGGGCUGCACGUGACACCCCGAGCCCCCCUGCGGGAGGGCCGGCGCCGGCUCGCCCCUGAACUGGGCGGCGGCAGUGACGCACGUGCGCACGGAACUCCGUCGCCGUCGCGCCACGCCCGGCGGGAAGUGAGGUUCUCGGAAGAGCCGCCGGAAGUGUACGGCGACUUCGAGCCCCCGGUGGCCAAAGAUAGAUCUCCGAUGGGAAAACGAAUCCAGCUAAAGGAGUUCCGGCCCCAAGCUACGAAAGAGGAAGUGAGAGAGCGCGCCUACAACCUACGGUCUCAGCCGCGGAGGCAGCCGCGACUCCAGGAAGCCGUGGAGAUGAGAACGCGAAGGGCUGCGCGCCUCCAGCAGGAGAACUCACCGCAGCCUCCGCCACAGCCGGUGAUGACCCGGAGACGGUUACGGGACUCGCAUUCCUCAGAAGAGGAAGAGCUAUCUCCACAAACUGUUGUAAGCCAAACAGUCUCAAAGAAAACUGUCAGGAGAACACAAGAGACUUCAGUGAUGAGUGGAGAUUCUGUACUCGACCUGCUUAGACCCCCUCUAAGAAGUCCACGAUCUGAGUCAGCAUACAAAACAAAUGGAAAUACUGAAAUGAGUGAAUUAGAAGCCACUAGUGUCCCACAGAAGGUCAAUUUCUCUGAAGAAGGGGACACUGAAGAAGAUGAUCAGGACGUCUCUGAUAGUGCUGUUACUUCUGUUAAGGUCAGAUCCGGGGAGUCUCUGGACUCUGGAGAUCAAACCAGCAGACCAGGUCAACAUUUAGAAUCAUUUUGGCAGUCAUCACAAAGUCAAGACUUCAAAGCUCUUGAUAAGCAGCAUUCAGUGCCAAGCUCAAAAUAUCAAAAAAACCUUCAAAAUAUCAAAAUAUCAGAACAUCAAAAAAACCUUCAGGAAAGGGUUGACCAAACCACAAGAAGAAGGACGAAGAUGCCAAAUGACAGCUUUCAGAAAUCAGAGUUUGGAAACCAGUCUCCGUCAACCUUCAGCCAACACAUGACUGGACAACCCAAAAAUGCAUCUUUUGUCAAGAUGAAGUGGUGGUGGUUGCCAAUACCUGUGCUCCUUAUUCUUGUCCUUGGGAGUUGGUGGUACACUCAUGUUCCUGAGGUAGAAGGCACUGCUGAAGAGUUCCAGAACCAGAUGAAACAACUUAUGAUUAAGUACCAAGGUCAAGAUGAGAAGCUGUGGAAAAGGAGCCUAACAUUCCUGGAAAAACAUCUCAACAGCUCCCAGCCUCGUCCUCAGCCUGCUAUCCUGCUGCUGACCGCUGCCCGUGAUGCUGAAGAAGCACUCAAGUGUCUGAGUGAACAAAUCGCUGAUGCCUAUUCAUCCCACCGAAGUGUCCGUGCCAUCCGGAUUGAUGGAACAGGCAGAGCUACUGAGGACAGUGAUGCUGUGAAACUAGAGGUGGACCAAGAACUGAGCAAUGGAUUCCAAAAUGGCCAGAACGCAGCCGUGGUGCACCGCUUCGAGUCCCUGCCCGCCGGCUCCACUUUGAUCUUCUACAAGUAUUGUGACCAUGAAAAUGCGGCCUUCAAAGAUGUAGCCUUAGUCCUGACCGUCUUGUUGGAGGAGGAAACACUUGGAACCAGUCUAGGCCUAAAGGAAAUUGAAGAAAAAGUGAGGGAUUUUCUCAAAGUCAAGUUCACCAACUCUAACACACCCACUUCCUACAAACAUAUGGACCCAGACAAACUGAGUGGGCUCUGGAGCCGCAUUUCCCACCUCGUCCUGCCUGUGCAACCCGAGAAUGCCCUGAAAAGGGGCAUCUGCUUAUAAGCGGCGACAGAAGAGAAAUCAUGUCCCAAGUGCUGAGAAUUUUUUGGACUUUGUAACCAGAGACAGAAAGCAUCUUUGUGAAAGAACUGUUUUCUUUCUGAAGGAAGUAAAGUUCUAAAUCAUUUCUCCGA